ACCCGGGGCGGCACAGCAUUCGUAUCGGUCAACAGCGGGAUGGCCAGGGCGACCCUAACCCCGCGCUUUCUGUACCCCUUCUGGCCGCGGACCCCUUGCGCGGGCAAGGUGGCUGCAGGAGGUGUGCUCCGAAGGUUCUUGGCUGCAGCGGCACCUGCCCGCCGCCUAGACCUGCGGGGUAUCUAUCCGCCCCUCGUCACCCCUUUCACGUCUCAAGGCCGUGUAGAUUACGCCCGGUUGCAGGAGAAUCUGCGCCUCUACGCCGAAAUCCCCUUCCGAGGUUUUGUAGUACAUGGUUCCAAUGGGGAAGCUCCCUACUUGACACAGGAGGAAUGCCUGGAAGUAGUGAUGCGGGUGCACCAAGCUGUGCCUAAGGAAAAGCUUCUUCUGGUUGGGUCAGGAUGUGAAUCAACUCACUGCACCAUUGAGAAAACAAAACAAAUGGCUGACAAGGGUGCUGAUGCUGCUCUUGUGGUGACUCCUUGCUACUUCCGUGGAAGUAUGACCAGUGCUGCCUUGAUCCACCAUUACACCCAGGUGGCUGAUGCAUCUCCAAUUCCUGUGAUACUGUACAGUGUUCCAGCCAACACAGGUUUGGAACUGCCCAAUGAGGCAGUGGUCAGCCUCGCGCAACAUCCUAACAUAGUGGGGAUCAAGGACAGUGAUGGCAACAUUACACGCCUGGGGCUGCUUGUUCACAAAACACAGAAUGAAGACUUCCAGGUACUGGCAGGAUCAGCUGGUUUUUUGCUAGCCAGCUAUAUUGUAGGUGCUACAGGAGGAGUCUGUGCCCUUGCCAAUGUAUUAGGUAGUCCUGUCUGUCAGCUUGAUGAUCUUUGCCGGGGUGGAAACUGGGAUGAAGCCCGUGAACUGCAGCACCGAUUGAUUGAGCCAAACAUUGCAGUCACCCGGAAAUUCGGGGUCCCGGGUCUCAAGCAGGCGAUGGAGUGGUUUGGCUACAAAGGAGGCUUUUGCCGUGCCCCUUUGCUCCCAUUAACUGAGAUACAAUUAAUGGAAUUACGCCAUGAUUUCACCUCCAAUGGCUGGCUCUGAAGGACAAAGGAGUUCUAGCAAUGCCUGGAAUCUUGCUGCAGCCAAUUACUGUAAUUGGGAAAGGCUCACAUGUCUUGCAAUUUACUUAAAUGCAUGCAGCUCACUCAA